AGUCAUUUAAGGAAGCUGUACCUGAACAAGUCACGUGGGUGCGCAAGGAAGUCUACUUAUUCAGACAAACGCACACACAUCAACCAUAAACAUAGUACUACUAGGCAGGUUAUUAAGUCUGUAUCCCUAUGGACAGUGUUUGCUGUGUUCCAUUAGGAGUGAGAAAAGGUGCAUGGACUGGAGAAGAAGAUAGUCUGCUAAAGAAGUGCAUUGAGCAAUAUGGAGAGGGAAUGUGGCACCAAAUUCCUUCCAGAGCAGGAUUGAAUAGAUGCAGAAAAAGUUGUAGACUAAGAUGGCUGAAUUAUCUGAGACCAAACAUAAAAAGAGGCAAUUUUACGAUGGAUGAAGUUGAUCUCAUUAUCAAGCUUCAGAAGCUGCUAGGCAAUAGAUGGUCGUUGAUUGCGGGUAGACUUCCAGGAAGAACAGCAAAUGAUGUAAAAAACUAUUGGAAUACCAACUUACAGAAGAAACUGAUCACUCAAAGAGAAAAGGUGAAAGCCAAGACUCAAGAGAAGAUGGAAACCAUAAUUAUACGACCUCGGCCUCGAAUCAUCUCCAAAAAUCAACCACGGUUAAUGGACAAAACUGCCAUUAUAGAAAAUAUUCGAACAAGAGACAACCUUAGCGAGCCAUUUCCACUACCGCUACCGCUACCACCAUCGCGGGAUGAUGGAAUAUCAUGGGAUAACAUUGUUGUUAACUCGAAAAUUAACAAUGGAAUCACAUGGUCCGCAAAUGGCUUGAUUGAGGAGGGCAAUAUAGGGAAUUGGUAUGAGAAAAUAAGACCAGGUACACAUACAUCUUGUGGCAAUUUCAUUGAUGAAGACCAGAGUGAUUGGAGUGACAUUUUCUUUAAUAAUGUGAACCUUUGGGAUCUGUUAGGUGAUGAAUGAGCAAUAAUGUAAUGUUCUAUCUGAUUAUUUAUUAUUAAAAUUUGUAUGUUAUAUGCUCCACAACAUGUUUGAUAGGAAGAAGAAAUGGGUUGAAAUUAGAGUUGAAAUUAAUUCGUUGAACUUUAUCAUGUUUAGUACAUCAAAUUGAAGUUGAAAUUAAUGAUCAUUCCAUUACACAGUCA